UUCCACCGUGUGUCAGUCUGUCCUCUUGUCUGCGUCCUGCACCCAAAGGGAGAAUUAUAUUUUGUGACUCUGAGCCACAACUUUUACUCCACCAUGGUUGAGCAAUUUGUUGGAACCUGGAAGCUUACUGCCAGUGAGAAUUUUGAUGAAUACAUGAAGGCUAUUGGUGUGGGCUUUGCUACCCGGCAGGUGGGCAACAUGGCUAAGCCCAAUCUUGUGAUCAACCUGAAUGAUGCGGGCCUGAUCACAAUGAGGUCUGAGAGCACUUUCAAGACCAAAGAAAUUCAAUUCAAACUCAAUGAGGAGUUUGACGAGAACACGGCAGAUGAUCGAAACACCAAGACCAUCAUCACUUUUGAGAAUGGCAAACUUGUGCAAAAACAGACGUGGGAUGGCAAGUCUACAACACUAGAACGAGAGAUUCAGGAUGGCAAGCUGACAGCUAAAUGCAUCAUGGGUGAUGUUGUUGCAAUGAGGACCUAUGAGAAGGAGGCUUAAGUAACUCUUGCAUCAAUGUAUGUUGAACUACAAAGUACAUUUUGUAAAUGGAAAAUUUACAAUAAAAUCAAAGAAUUCAGUGUCAGUUCUA